AUGGGAUUAAGUCUGCCAUACUUUAUGUGCUUCCAAUCCAAAAGAAGCCUUUCCAUGGAUCCAGUGGUUUUGGAUGAAGAGGAGGUAUGUGUUGUGUGUAUUGUUGACAGCUUGUGAAAAGUUGCUGUUUCACAGCAGAAAUGGUUAUUCAUGAGUUGUGAAGGCGCCUAAAACAUUUCCAGAUUUUGGUGGUACAGAAAACAUUGAUUAAAAGUCCUUCUCUCUUUUUUGAAGGUUGAUGAUGUCAACAUUCAGACCCAAGAAUGCUAUCAGUGUGGCAUAGCAGUGCCUUUAAGGACCUUAAGGGAACACCUUAAGAAAUGCAUUUGUAUUGCUGAGCCCGUGGUUGAUGAGCCUGUGGUUGCUGAGUCUGUGGUUGAAGUUGAGGUUUGUGAGUGUUUAGCUUACUAGGAGACAUGAUUUGUUUUCCAGCAGAUCUUGUGAAACAGGCAAGAAAUCAUAACACACACUGUUUCAGUGGGGUGCUUGAGCAAUGUUGGGAUAAGAUGCUAUAUGCUAGGACAUACAUGUAAUAAUAUUAUUAUAUAAUUAUGCCUGGUUGCUUUAGGGGCAUAUGACUGGUUUAAUGAGCAUCUGUUUGAAAAUAUAAUCCUAGUUAUGGUUUCUAUGAUGUAGGGGAAUAAAUGUAAAAGUAGUUUGGUGGAAAAAGUGCUUAGUGUCUGUAACCAAAUGAUGAGGAUUGUAUGUCCUCUUACUCUUUAUGUACUGGUAAUUUCAACUUGCAAAGUAAGAAGGCUUUGUUUACUUCUGCAAAAGGCAAUUGGCAUUCAUCAUGUGAGAGGUUUCCUUGGUGACCCAUUAGCUGUAGACAGUGCAUUAACUGUGUUUGUGCAGUUACCAGGUGGCUGGUUGGUCUUAAUUCAGUUUUAAUUUUGUUUGUUUCAUCUUGUUUCAUAUUUUUACAUUCUACUUUCCACAAAAUUUCCCUUAAAAACAGUCCUUCAAUUUUUUAAUUCAUCAAUUAUUUUGCUAUAGGCCAGUGAUGAUGAUUCAGCUGAUGAACCUCCAAACACUUUAUUUUGUAAAAGGGAGUUCACAUCCAGUGCUCCAAGCACUUCAUCUAGCACAGGUGAUUUUAACAAAUACAGCUGUACCUUUAAUUAUUGUUGCAGUUGUUUGGAGUUAACACACCAAUCUUUGCAUAAAACUGCUAUAGAGUGAUAUCUUAAUUGGAAUGUGAUAUCUAAUAUUUUACAUUGAUUACUAGACUGGAAAGGUUAUUGGCUAACUGUAGCCUUCAGGCAAAAAAAUAAGUAUCUACCCAUGCUCCUGAGCUGAGAACAGUCAGAGCAAAUGUAAAGAGAGUUGCAUUUUGAGGCCAAUUUGCAAUAUGAUGCUGGAUAGAAACAGCCACAAAUUUAAGAUCUGUUAUGAGAGUACUUUGUAGGUAACUGUUGAUUCUUGAAUUAUAUCCUUUAUACUUACAGGGUCCUCAUCUAGUGCCAGUAAUGAAGGGUCAACCCUAUGCCCAUCCCAAACAACUUCUUCUGAUCUUCACCAGUUAACACAAAUGUUUCCUGCAAAUGACAUCACAUAUCUCAAGCAAGUUCUUGAAGACUGUGGUACAGUUUCUCAUGCUGUUGCUAAAAUUUUGGGAGAUGAGGAAACCCCAUCAUCUGUGCAUGGUAUGGAAAGGAAAAUCUCAGUUCAGUACUUUAGCCAACAUGAUUCAUGUUUGGUCCAGACAUCAGCUAUCUCUAAUUCCACAACAGAUUGUGGAAUCAUAUAAUUUUUUUUCUUACUGCCACAAAGUACAUAAUGAUUGUUAAGUCCUUUCAACCUUCUUUAGUAUACUUCACCAUUAAUGUCAUUAGUAUUCAUAAGUAACUUGUUCAAAUUUACAAUAGGUGAUGAUGCAAUUGAUGAAAUAGAAGACACACCUCUUGCAGCCAUAGGCAUGAUAACAAAUGAAGAUGAUGCCCUAAGAAAGUUCAUUCAAAGUGCAGUUUCACCUUUUGGAAUAGAGGUUGAUGUGCAGGUGAACCGGGAUCAUAACAUGCUGACACAGAUGAUAAGAAAAUACAAAAACCCAGCAUUUGAUGUAACAAAGCCUCUCAAUGUACAAUUUCAUGGGGCUGGUGAGCAAGGUUUAGAUGCUGGUGGAAUCACAAGGGAGUACUUUUACUUUCUUGUGGAAAGUAUGAAACAAUGUUCACCAGAUGGAAUCACACUCUUGGAAGGUGCUUUGGGUCAUCUUGUACCCAAACAUGAUUAUGAGCUGUUGUCAAGUGGCAUGUUCAUAAUCAUGGGGAAGAUGAUUCUGCAUGCAGUGCUCAACAAUUGUUGUGGAAUAUCAGGCAUUUCUCCUGCCAUUGUGAAAUACAUUGCCACUGGCAAAAGCGGGAUUCAUCUGUUGAAGACAUCGCAUUGGAGGACAUCCCUGAUCCCUGUAUGA